UAAAGUGGAAUUUUGGUGCAGGGAGGGUGGGUGGGCUUUGAAGUAAUUUCCUACUUCCUUCUAUUAAAGUUCAAAGAAAAUCUUAAUAACAAUAAUAAUUCUAAUCACAAGUGGAGUAAAGCAUUAAGAAGCUGCUUAAUUCACAGAAACAACCAUCUUUCAUUUUGUUUCUAUUUGCUGCUUAAUUAACAGAAACAAUCUAUCUUUCAUUUUGUUUCUAUUUGCUGCUUAAUUCACAGAAACAAUCUAUCUUUCAUUUUGUUUCUAUUUCACCUUAUUACCACAACUAUAAUCUAUCCACACAGUUGGUGUUUUCUUUUUCAGACAUACAAUUGAAUCCAUGGCGUCAUCUUCUUCUUUGGAUAGUAGUUCAAAAUACUCUCCUCGAUGGAAGUAUGAUGUCUUUCUAAGUUUUAGAGGUGAAGAUACUCGUAAAACAAUUACGGGUCACUUGUAUGAGGGUUUGAAAAACAGGGGAAUAAUCACCUUUCAAGAUGAUAAAAGGCUAGAGCUUGGCGAUUCGAUCCCACAAGAGCUCUUGAAAUCUAUUGAAGAGUCUCAAGUUUCCCUCGUCAUUUUCUCGAAGAAUUAUGCUACAUCAAGAUGGUGCUUGAAUGAAUUAGUGAAGAUCAUGGAAUGCAAGGACAAAAAUGGACAAAUAGUCAUACCGAUCUUCUAUGAUGUGGAUGCAACAGAAGUUCGAAACCAAAGUGAUAGCUUUGCAGUAGCAUUUGCCAAACAUGAAAAAAAGUAUAAGGAUGAUGCUGAGGGGAUGCAGAAAAUGCGAGGAUGGAGGACGGCCCUAACUGAUGCCUCAAAUCUAGUAGGAUCUGUAGUAUUCCAUGGCGGGGUUGAAUCAGACUGUAUUAAGGAUAUUAUUGCUAAAAUUUCGUCCAUAUGCAAGACUUCAGUAUCUUAUUUGGACAAAGUUGUGGGAGUAGACACUCAAUUAAAGGAAAUCGAAUCCCUAUUAGAGAUGGAAAUUGAUGAUGUUCGGAUUGUGUGGAUCUGGGGUAUGGGGGGAAUCGGGAAAACAACAAUAGCAAAGACUAUUUUUUAUAAUACACUCUCGUCCAAAUUUAAAGAUGCUUGUUUCCUUGAGGACAUUAAAGCAAACAAUCAUAGAAUACACUCUCUGCAAAAUAUCCUUCUCUCUAAACUGGUAGGGGAAAAAGAAAAUUGUGUUAAUAACAAGGAGGAAGGGAAGCACCUGAUGGCUCGUAGACUUCGGUCAAAGAAGGUUUUAGUUGUGCUUGAUGACAUAGAUCACAGAGACCAAUUGAAUUACCUAGCAGGGGAUCUUGAUUGGUUGGGCAAGGGUAGUAGGAUUAUUGCAACCACUAGAGACAAGCAUUUGAUGGGGAGUAAGGAUAUAUUAUAUGAAGUGACUACAUUAGUUGAACAUCAAGCUAUUCAAUUGUUCAAUCAAUAUGCUUUCGAGGGAGAAGUUCUGGAUGAGCGUUUUGUCGAGCUGACGUUGGAGGUGGUAAGUCAUGCUGAAGGCCUUCCUUUAGCCCUGAAAGUGUGGGGUUCGUUCUUACGUAAUAGGGACAUAAAUGAGUGGAUAAGUGCUAUAAAGGACAUGAGAAUUAACUCUGAAAAAGAAAUCCAUGAAAAGCUCAAAAUUAGCUAUGAUGGACUUGGGACCACACAACAAGAUAUAUUUCUAGAUAUAGCAUGCUUCUUACGAGGGGAACAAACAGAUUACAUCAUGGAAAUUCUUGAGAGCUGUCAUUCUGGAGCAAAUAUCGGAUUGAGGGUCCUAAUUGACAGAUCUCUAGUGUUCAUCGAUGACUAUGAUAACAUUCAAAUGCAUGAUGUAAUACAAGAUAUGAGUAAAUACAUAGUGGAACUGCAAAAGGAUCCGGGCGAACGCAGCAGACUGUGGCUCGCUGAAGAUUUUGAAGAAGUGAUGGUCGACAAUACGGGGACAAAAGCAAUGGAAGCAAUCUGGGUAGAAGAUGUUCGCGACCUAUGCUUUACGAAAAAAGCCAUGGAAAAUAUGAGAAGGCUUAGAAUAUUACACAUCGAGGGUACUGAAUCACACAGUGACUCCAUUGAGUACCUGCCCAAUAGCUUGCGUUGGUUUGAUUGUCAUGAGUAUCCUUGGAAGUCAUUGCCAGAAAAUUUUGAACCCAACAGACUUGUUCAUCUUAAUCUCACGGAAAGCUCGCUGCGUCAUUUAUGGGCUGGAAGAAAGCAUUUUCCUUGUCUACGAUGGCUAGAUCUCAAUUGGUCUAAAAGCCUGAUGCGAACGCCAGAUUUCAUGGGGUUGCCAAAUUUGGAGUAUUUGAAUCUGUCAUAUUGUUGGAGUCUUGAAGAGGUUGAUGGUUCGUUGGGGUAUUGCGGUAAGCUCAUUCAGUGCAAUUUGAGUGGUUGCUUAUGGCUUAAGAGGUUUCCAUGUGUUAAUGUGGAAUCUCUUGAGUUUCUCGGUUUACAAGGAUGCUCUAGUUUAGAGAAAUUUCCAGAAAUCAGGGGAAGAAUGAAGCCGGAGUUAAAGAUUACGAGGAAUAACUCUGGGAUAAGGGAAAUACCAUCAUCUUUUUUUCAGUCCGGAACUCAUCUUACGAAGCUAGAUUUGAGCUUUACGGAACAGCUUGUAGCUCUUCCAAGAGGCAUUGGCAUGUUGAAAAGCUUGGUGGAGCUAGAUGUGUCUUAUUGCUCAAAACUUGAAAGCUUUCCAGAAGAGAUAGGGAAUUUAGAAAACUUGGAGAAGCUUGAUGCCAGCUGUACUCUAAUUUCACCACCUCCAUCUUUCAUUGCCCGGUUGAACAAGCUUAAAUUCUUGAGUUUUAGCAAACAAAAAUAUGGAGUAGGCCUCGAAGAUGGAGUGUGCUUUGUGUUUCCUUCGGUGAAUGACGGAUUACGCUCAUUAGAACGACUGUAUCUCAGUUACUGCAAUAUGAAAGAUGGAGGACUUCCGGAAGACAUUGGAUCCUUGUCCUCUUUGAAAAAGUUGUAUCUCACUGGAAAUAAUUUUGAGCAUUUGCCUCGAAGCAUAUCCCAACUCGGUGCUCUUCAAUCCUUGGAGUUAUUAGAUUGCGAGAGGCUUAAGGAGUUGCCGAGUUUCAUGGGGAUGCCAAAUUUGGAGUAUUUGAAUCUGGUCAGUUGCGAAGAUCUUAAAGAGGUUGACGAUUCACUGGGGUAUUGCGAAAAACUCAUUCAGUUAUAUUUGGGUCGUUGCUCAAGACUUAAGAGGUUUCCAUGUGUUAAUAUGGAAUCUCUUGAAUUUCUAGAUCUACGAGAUUGCUCUAGUUUAGAGAAAUUUCCAGAAAUCAGGGGAAAAAUGAAGCCGGAGUUAGAGAUUAUGAUGACAGACUCUGGGAUAAGGGAAAUAUCAUCAUCUUUUUUUCAGUCCGGAACUCAUCUUACGAAGCUAGAUUUGAGCUUUACGGAACAGCUUGUAGCUCUUCCAAGAGGCAUUGGCAUGUUGAAAAGCUUGGUGGAGCUAGAUGUGUCUUGUUGCUCAAAACUUGAAAGCUUGCCAGAAGAGAUAGGGAAUUUAGAAAACUUGGAGAAGCUUGAUGCCAGCUGUACUCUAAUUUCACCACCUCCAUCUUUCAUUGCCCGGUUGAACAAGCUUAAAUUCUUGAGUUUUAGAAAACGAAAAUCAGAAGUAGGCCUCGAAGAUGGAGUGUGUUUUGUGUUCCCUCAGGUGAAUGACGGAUUACGCUCAUUGGAAGAUUUGGAUCUCGAUUACUGCAAUCUAAUAGAUGGAGGACUUCCGGAAGACAUUGGAUCCUUGUCCUCUUUGAAAAAGUUGAGUCUUGUGGGAAAUAAUUUUGAGCAUUUGCCUCGAAGCAUAGCCCAACUUGGUGCUCUUGAAUACUUGGAGUUAUUAGAUUGCAAGAGGCUUAAGGAGUUGCCGUGUUUCAUGGGGAUGCCAAAUUUGGAGUAUUUGAAUCUGGGCAAUUGCGAUGAUCUUGAAGAGGUUGACGAUUCACUGGGGUAUUGCGAAAAACUCAUUCAGUUAUAUUUGGGUCGUUGCUCAAGACUUAAGAGGUUUCCAUGUGUUAAUGUGGAAUCUCUUGAAUUUAUCAAUCUACGAGAUUGCUCUAGUUUAGAGAAAUUUCCAGAGAUCAAGGGAAGAAGUAAGCUGGGGUUAAAGAUUAAGAUGAAAGACUCUGGGAUAAGGGAAAUACCGUCAUCUUUUUUUCAGUCUGGAGCUCAUCUUACCAAGCUAGAUUUGAGUUUUAUGAAAAACCUUGUAGUUGUUCCAAGAGGCAUUGGCAUGUUGAAAAGCUUGGUGGUGCUAAAUGUGUCUUCUUGCUCAAAACUUGAAAGCUUGCCAGAAGAGAUAGGGGAUUUAGAAAACUUGGAGAAGCUUGAUGCCAGCUGUACUCUAAUUUCACCACCUCCGUCUUCCAUUGCCCGGUUGAACAAGCUUAAAUUCUUGAGUUUUAGAAAACGAAAAUUAGAAGUAGGCCUCGAAGAUGGAGUGUGUUUUGUGUUCCCUCAGGUGAAUGACGGAUUACGCUCAUUGGAAGAUUUGGAUCUCGAUUACUGCAAUCUAAUAGAUGGAGGACUUCCGGAAGACAUUGGAUCCUUGUCCUCUUUGAAAAAGUUGAGUCUUGUGGGAAAUAAUUUUGAGCAUUUGCCUCGAAGCAUAGCCCAACUUGGUGCUCUUGAAUACUUGGAGUUAUUAGAUUGCAAGAGGCUUAAGGAGUUGCCGGGUUUCAUGGGGAUGCCAAAUUUGGAGUAUUUGAAUCUGGGCAAUUGCGAUGAUCUUGAAGAGGUUGACGAUUCACUCGGGUAUUGCAGAAAACUCAUUCAGUUAUAUUUGGGUUGUUGCUCAAGACUUAAGAGGUUUCCAUGUGUUAAUGUGGAAUCUCUUGAAUUUCUCAAUCUACGAGAUUGCUCUAGUUUAGAGAAAUUUCCAGAGAUCAAUGGAAGAAGUAAGCUGGGGUUAAAGAUUAAGAUGAAAGACUCUGGGAUAAGGGAAAUACCAUCAUCUUUUUUUCAGUCCGGAACUUAUCUUACGAAGCUAGAUCUGAGCUUUACGAAACACCUUGUAGCUCUUCCAGGCAGCAUUGGCAUGCUGAAAAGCUUGGUGGAGCUAGAUGUGUUGGAUUGCUCAAGCCUUGAGAUCUUGCCAGCAGAGAUAGGAGAUUUAGAAAGCUUGGAGAAGCUUGAUGCCAGCUGUACUCUAAUUUCACGACCUCCGUCUUCCAUUUCCCGGUUGAACAAGCUUAUAUUCUUGAGUUUUAGAAAACAUAUAUCAGAAGUAGGCCUCGAAGAUGGAGUGUGCUUUGUGUUUCCUUCGGUGAAUGACGGAUUACGCUCAUUGGAACGACUGUAUCUCAGUUACUGCAAUAUGAAAGAUGGAGGACUUCCGGAAGACAUUGGAUCCUUGUCCUCUUUGAAAGAGUUGUAUCUCAAUGGAAAUAAUUUUGAGAAUUUGCCUCGAAGCAUAUCCCAACUUGGUGCUCUGCGAAUCUUGGACGUAUCAGAUUGCAUGAAGCUUACACAACUGCCAGAAUUUCCAUAACAAUUAGAUACAAUAGAUGCAGACUGGAGCAAUGAUUGGAUCUGUAAUUCGUUGUUUCAGAACAUCUCAUCAUUGCAGCACGACAUCUCUGCUUCAGAUUCACUAAGAGUAUUUACCAGUAGGAUGAACAUCCCAAGUUGGUUCCAACAUUAGGGAAUUGAUAGAAGUGUAUUUGUCAAUUUGCCUGAAAAUUGGUAUGUAUCGGCUAACUUCUUGGGAUUUGUUGUAUGUUACUCUGGCAGCUUAAUUGAAACCACAGCUCAAUUGAUUCCCUAAUGUGAUGACGGGAUGACCCAGAAGCUUGCCUUAUCCAACCGUUCAAAAUAUGAUAUAGAAUUUUUCUUAUCUACUAUUCAAUUUUUCUUGGUGCCUCUUGCUGGCUUAUGGGAUACAUCAAAGGCAAAUGGAAAAACACUUCAUGAUUAUGGGCUGUUUAGGUUAUUUUUCUCUGGAGAAUUGAAGAAAUUUGGAUUACGUUUGCUGUAUAAAGAUGAACCUAAGGUUGGGAAAAGGCAGAGCAGAUAUGACGAUAGUGAAUCGAGUUCCUCCUCUUGUAAGUAACAAAGUUCACAUUAUAAUAUUAGUGGGAGCUCUGUCUUUGAGAAUCUGCAGCAACAAGUAGAGGCGCCAGUCUCUUCAGAAACUUUGCAGCUAUUUCCCACAAGCUCAGGAGUUUAGCUUAAAUAUAGGAACUCACCAAAUUGAAUCUCCAUUUGUCUCCGGUUGUGCUGAGCCAUCAUUAACCAUGAUAUAAGGAUUUCAUUGAGUUAUCAUUGAUAGAUGAAGAUUCCUUUGAAUUUCUUCUCAUUAUGUCCACAGAAAAGGCGAAGGGUUUUUAUUUCCAAAGGGAGGUUGGGAAAAUGAUGAAACAAUCAAUGAUACUUCACAACAUGAGACGGUGAAGUAGGAGGGGAUGUUAAGUGUAAAUUGGAUGGAUGGUACUUUGAGGACAAAGCUGGUGACACUGCCUAUGAAGGGCACAUGUUUCGCCUGUUUGUAACAGAACAACUAGACUAUUGGCCUGAGAACGAGAUUCGCAAAAGAACUUGGGAUGAAUGUGCAUGAAGCAAGAAAAUUUUGUCUAAAUGGGGCCGCAGAAUUAUCAGCAAGUCACCUGACAUCACAGAGCAAACAGACCAAAGGGGAACUAUUUCCAGGAAUCGAAUGUAGCUCCAGUGUUUGAGCAACUAUUCUUCCUUUAGGACGUCGAGCUCAAAAUACUUUCUCUGCCACUACCAAGUUCUACUGUAGAAGUGUAGAGUUUAUUGAUACCAAUCCACUGUCGAAAUAGUUAGAGGAUAGGAACUAAUUAAUGAAACUGGUCAAUCUAACCGGUGGUUUAAGUAGUUCAGAGCAACUCCAGUGUUAAAGGAACAACCAAAAAAAGUACUGUAAGUAUGAUUUUUGUUAUCUUAGAAUUGGAGUUGUGAGACAUAUUGGAGAAUUAGAAUCAGAGCUAUCAAAGGAGAUGAACAUGUACAAGGCUAUCAGAAACAUUGAUGUUGGAAAAUAACUGCAUCAAAUUAUUGGAUUUUCUAAUUCUUUUUCCCCAGAAUCUAGCAUUCUUUAAUUCUUCAUAUUGCUGGCAAAUCCAGAAGGUUACAGUCAUUUAUCACGGCAUUCAGAUGGUCAAAGAGAUUUUAAUUUUGCUGGAAUAUUGCGCAUUCAGAUGAUAAAAAAGUCGCAAAGGAUUUUUAGUACCAAGUUUCAGAUUGACUUUGUUAGUUAUAUGGUUCGUGUGGAAAGAUGUAUUUUUGGUGGUAAGGUUGUAGUCACUUUAUUAACUAUAUAUGUUCCCAUGAUCAUGUCUUUCUGCAGAUGUAUACCUAACAAUAUAAAGAUUUUACCAUGUUAUCAUUGGUAGAUGAAUAUGCCUUUGAAGUUUAUUAA